CACGAUGAAAACGACGUCCUCCUGGUCCCCACCUCCUCCGGCCCCGUCCGGGGGACCCUCCUCCCCGUGGGUCCCCAAAAAGUGGGGGCUUUUUUGGGGAUCCCUUACGCCGAACCCCCUUUGGGACCCCUUCGUUUCCGCCCCCCACGUCCCGCCCCACAUUGGGGGGGGGGCCUGGACGCCACCUCCCACCGUCACGCCUGUUACCAAGCCGUGGACACCAUGUUCCCCGGGUUCGGGGGGUCGGAGAUGUGGAACCCCAACCGGGAGAUGAGCGAGGAUUGUCUCUACCUCAACGUGUGGGUCCCACUUGUAGGGGGUGAAAACGGGGCGGGGGGGGCAUCCCGCCCCAUAACCCCCCCCAAACCCGUCCCCGUCUUGGUGUGGGUCUACGGGGGGGGUUUCUACAGCGGGUCGGCCACCUUGGACGUCUACGACGGGCGUUAUUUGGCGGCGGCCGAAGGGUUGGUGGUGGUUUCCAUGAAUUAUCGGGUGGGGGCUUUGGGGUUUUUGGGGUUCCCCGGUCACCCCGAAGCUCCAGGGAACGUGGGGUUGUUGGAUCAACGCUUGGCUUUGAGGUGGGUCCAAAAUAACGUCCGAGCUUUCGGGGGGGACCCGGGGGCCGUCACCCUUUUCGGCGAAAGCGCCGGCGCCGCUUCCAUCGGGCUCCAUUUGUUGUCCCCCCCGAGUCGCCCCCUUUUCCGUCGCGCCGUUCUCCAGAGCGGGUCCCCCAACGGCCCUUGGGUGACGGUGGGGGCGGCCGAAGGGAGGAGGAGGGCGGUCACUUUGGCUAAACUGGUGGGUUGUCCCAGUGGGGCAACUGGGAUGACGACUGGGAUGACUGGGACGACGAUGACGGGACUCAACGAGACCGAGCUCUUGGGGUGUCUCCGAGCCAAGACCCCCCUGGAGUUGGUGGAACAAGAAGCCGCCGUUUUGCCCCAACAAGGGAUCUUCCGCUUCGCCUUCGUCCCCGUGGUGGACGGGGACUUCUUGGCCGACACCCCCGAGGCCUUGUUGGGGGGAGGAGGAGGAGGUGGGGAGGACCUCCCCACCGCCCCCCAAGUGGAUCUUCUCUUAGGAGCCGUCCAAGAUGAAGGCACCUACUUUUUGGUCUACGGGGUGCCGGGUUUCGGGAAGGAUAACGAGAGUUUAAUUAGUCGGGAGGAGUUUUUGGGGGGGGUGAGGUUGGGGGUCCCCCAGGCCAACGAGUUGGCGGCGGAAGCGGUGGUUCUCCAGUACACCGACUGGUUGGACCAGGACAACCCCGUGAAGAACCGGGAAGCCCUGGAUGACAUCGUGGGCGACCACAACGUGGUGUGUCCCCUCAUGCACUUCGCCCAACGGUGGGCGGAGAAAGGGGGGAAGGUCUACGCCUACCUCUUCGACCACCGGGCCUCCAACCUGCUGUGGCCCCCUUGGAUGGGGGUGCCCCACGGCUACGAGAUCGAGUUCGUCUUCGGGCAACCCCUCAACCCCAAACUCAACUACACGGAGGAGGAGGAGAAGCUCAGCCGGAGGAUCAUGCGCUACUGGGGCAACUUCGCCCGCACGGGGGACCCCAACGAGCCGUGGGAGCGGGAGCGGCGGUGGCCACCGUACACGGCCUCGGGGCAACGCUACGCCCGGCUCAACGCCCACCCCCUGGCCGUGGCCCAGGGCCUCCGCGCCCAACCCUGCGCCUUCUGGACACGCUUCCUCCCCAAGCUCCUCAACGUCACCGGUGAGGGGACAACUGGGACCCGGAGCUGGGGGGGGACACGGGGAGCACCCAAAAACCCCCACCUGCACCCCAAAAAUUUGGGUGACUGCACCCCAAAACCGGCAUCAACCCCAACACCCAACAUUGACAUCCCAACACAAUGA